AUGGCCAACGUGGCAGCCACGGAAACUGUAGUGUCCGCUACAGCUCACCAACAUCUCAAACGGGUUCUUUUGGCAACAGCAGUUGUGAUGAUUGAAGAUGACAUCGGCAACCGAUUUUCUGCUCGUGCAUUACUGGACUCCGGGUCCGAAAGUAAUUUUAUUUCAGACCGGCUGAGUCAGCGGUUACAAGUUCAUCGAGAUCGAGUGGAUAUUUCGGUGGCAGGAAUUGGUCAGGCGGCGACCAAGGUUCGGCAAAGGAUUCAAGCGGUACUUCAUUCACGAGUUUCGGAAUAUUCCCGUGAACUAGCCUUGUUGGUUCUUCCAAAGGUCACGGUGAAUCUUCCAACAACCACUAUCAAUACGGCUGCUUGGACACUGCCAAGCGGAAUUCAGUUGGCGGAUCCUACAUUCUUCGAAUCUAAUGGAGUGGAUAUUGUACUUGGCAUCGAGUACUUCUUCGAUUUUUUCGAAACAGGAAAAAGGAUUUCUCUGGGGGAACAACUUCCAACCCUCAACCAGUCCGUGUUUGGUUGGGUUAUCAGCGGUGGCAUUUCGGUUCCAACAAGCUCUCUUCACAUUAGCUGCAACGUGUCCGCGUUGGAUGGCUUGGAUACUUUAAUCGCGCGUUUUUGGUCCUGCGAGGCGGUAGAGUCAGGUAAGGCUCAUUCACCAGAAGAGAAGCGUUGCGAGGAGUGGUUCUCAAAUACGGUUCAACGGGAUACGCAUGGUCGGUACACCGUUGCUCUACCGAUGAUGAAAGGCGCUGUGUCAAGGUUGGGUGAAUCAAGGGACAUUGCAUUUCGACGACUGCAAGGAACCGAAAGAAGGUUGGCCAGGGACUCAUCACUUCGAAAACAGUACGUCGCCUUUAUGGGAGAGUACCUCAGUCUCGGACAAAUGAAGAUGCUGGAUAAAGAUUCCCAAGAUUCGAAGGUGAUAUUUAUCGCAUCACCCUGUGUUGAAAGAAGCUUCCACAACAACCAAGGUUCGCGUUGUUUUCGAUGCGUCCUAUGA